CCAACAAUAUUUACUUUGAUAAGGAGUUACAAAUACACCCUUGAGGAUGCUUGAAUAAAUAUUGGGGACGAUAAGCGCACCAUAUUUCUGCAGUGUCGUAUAAUGCGUCUAUACUAACGAACGGAAAAUUUACUGCAUAUAUACACAAAACAUUUUUCGUACUACUUACAAUACAGUGUGAACAAAUCAAAUAAAAUACAAGAUGGAAUAUCGAUACUUCUUAUUAACUUUAGUUAUGUGCGCGUCGACCACAGCUUUAGUAGGUUUCGAUGUAAAAAUACUGACCAAUUGUUGCGAAAUGGGCAAUAAAGCUGCAGAUGACUCAAUGGAAUGUAGUUUUCAAGCUCCUAUACCAAAUAUCAAAAAGGAUAUGGAAGCUUUGUGUUUGGGAACGAUGGGCACAUGUUGCCAGAAGAGAUUAAAAGAAUCCGAAUGCAAAGCGGGACUAGAAGAUGCCAAGAAAGGCUCUUGCAAUUCCUUUAAACCAGAAAGAAAGGCUUGUUGCAAUGCUUGUUACUACGGAAAAAUCACAGGAAAAUCGGGUGGAUCUUGCGUAAACUUCAUGGGACUUUCUGAUCCUUUGGAUAAAUAUUACGAUAACUGCUGCAAGGAAGCUUUAAAUAAAGCAACAACUAUAAAACCGAAAUCUUCAGAAAACAUCGUCGAUGAAGGUCUUGAAGAUAUCUGUGACAUAGGGCAGGUAUGCGCGCAAAUUUGCACGCCAACUAAAACUUCUUAUAAAUGUGAUUGCAAUGAAGGGUACACCUUGAUGGCGGAUGGAAUGUCUUGUAAGGAAUUAAAAAAGUCUUUGAAUUCCAAAAAUAACAGAUGUGAGAAGCAUAAUCCAUGCCAACACAAUUGCACUGAUACUGGAACAUCAAUCAUUUGUACAUGCCAAGUGGGAUACAUGUUGGCCAAAGAUCAAACAAGUUGCAAAGAUAUCGAUGAAUGUGCUCUCUCAUUACACGACUGUCAUCAAAAUGAAACUUGUAUCAACGGUGAUGGAUAUUACGAGUGUGAAGAUCUGGGAGAUGACUCGAUUGACGAGAUUCCAGAUUGCGAUGUUGGUUAUAAAUAUAACUGGGAAAAAAUGGAAUGCGAAGAUAUUGACGAGUGUACGAUUCCUUUGAUCUGCGAUAAUUCGCAAACGUGCAUAAAUUCAAUAGGAUCAUAUAAAUGUCAGACUGUUUGUCCUAAAGGAUUUAUCUACAAAGCUUCGAUACAGACAUGUGCUGAUGUCGAUGAAUGCAUUACUGGAGCCAAUGAUUGUAAUAGGGAGUCACAAAUUUGUUUAAAUAAUAAAGGGAGUUACGCUUGCAUCGACAAAGCAUCCAAGACAACGUGUCCUCCAGGUUUUAAAAUGAAUAUGGCUACACAAACUUGCGAGGAUGUUGAUGAAUGCAUUGAGGAUUUCGUCGAAUGUUCUGAUGGUGAGGUUUGUAUCAACGAAGAAGGAGGAUAUUCUUGCCAGCCUAAUCCCGCAUUCAGUCAUCGGACUACUUAUUACGAACAACCUACCAUUAAAUUUACCACAGUUAGAACUACUGUACGAACGACAACUCCAAAGGCCACAACAAGAACGACUACUACUAAGGCUACAACAACGACCACAACUACUCCUAAACCUACAACGACUACAACAACCACCACCACUCCUAAACCUACAACCACUACUACUACAACAACUACUACCCCAAAACCUACAACUACAACAACUACUACUCCAAAACCAACAACCACUACUACUACAACCCCAAAACCUACAACCACUACUACAACAACUACUACUCCGAAACCUACAACCACUACUAGAAGAACUACUACUUCAACAACUAGAAAACCAAUAUACACUUUUAAUCCAAAAUUAUACCAUACAAUAGAACCAUCUAUCCCAGCCUUCCGAAAACCUAAUAGCCCAACAACGUGCUCUAAAGGUUUCAAGUACGAGUACCAUACGAAACAGUGCAUCGAUAUUGAUGAAUGUGUAGAAGAUGUUCUGGCUUGCGAUAAAUUACAAGACUGCUUCAAUACCAUUGGAAGCUACGAAUGCCGCUGCCAGCUAGGUUACACGAGAGAUCAGAGUACAGGAAGUUGUGUGGACAUAAACGAAUGCCAACUGGAUGCUUACGACUGUUCAGAAGGACAAAGAUGUGAUAAUACCAUUGGUUCUUAUUUGUGUUCGAGAAUUGCAGGAUGUGGAACUGGAUAUACGUUCAAUUACGCUUCAGGCGAUUGCGAGGACGAUGAUGAAUGUGCGUUAGGAACUCAUACAUGCGAUAGAUUGGGUCCAAAUUUCAAGUGCAGAAAUAUCGCAGGAUCAUUUAGGUGUGAAAGAAUCAGGAGGAUUUCCGUGUACAUACCAAAUCGUCGUCAGCCGACGAAUUAUACAAUUGUCAGCGGGCAAACAACAAAAUGUUUACAAGGAUACUACAUGGAUUCGGCAGGCAGAUGUCAAGAUAUUAACGAAUGCGAAAGCAAUCCCUGUAAAAAAGGUCAGAACUGCAUUAAUCAACGAGGCCGCUUCGAAUGCGUAUCUAAUAUACAUUGCCGAGGUGGAUACGAGCUCAACGAAGAAGGAAAUAAAUGUAUCGAUAUUAAUGAAUGUAUACGAGGUACUCAUUCUUGUAGCAGUACUCAGAUCUGCAAAAAUUAUCCAGGAUAUCAUGUGUGCUCUUGCCCCAUUGGAUAUAGAUUGGAUAACAACCAAUGCAUCGAUAUAAAUGAAUGCGAAUAUCACCCAUGUAGCCGUUAUUCAGAUUGUCACAAUACCGUGGGAUCCUUCAAAUGUAUUUGCAAAAAUGGUUUUAGGGAACUCGAUGGCAAAUGCGACGAUAUUGAUGAAUGCUCAGAAACACCUAGCUUAUGUCAUCAGAAUUGUGUCAACAAUUGGGGCGGAUAUCGCUGCUCAUGUAAUUCUGGAUUCACUUUAAACAAGGACAACAGGACGUGCACGGAUGUCAAUGAAUGCGAGAAAUUCAAGGAUAAUAAUCUAUGUGUAGGAAAUUGCGAAAAUAUACCGGGGAGUUACGUAUGCAGGUGUCCGCCUGGCUACAGACUUGGGACUGAUGGUCGCUUAUGCUUAGAUAUUGAUGAAUGUCUUUCGAAUCCUUGCCAUGGCGUCGAUACUAUUUGCUUCAAUACAAGAGGUGGUUAUGAAUGCCCAUCAAUUGCUUGUCCGCCUAAUUACAUUAGGGACCCCAAUCAAAGAAGCCGCUGCAAACGGAACACAGACCUUUGCAACUACGCAGGAAACUGCAUGAGCAUGCCCGAACAAUACAGCUUUCAUUUUAUAACUAUGUCAUCAAACCUACCUCUCACAGACGGUCAAACGAAAUUCUUCCAAAUCAAAGGUCCAAGCUUCAGUUCUUCAUCAUCCACCUUCAACUUUAAACUGCAAAGGGUCAUCUGUCCAUCACACGUUCAACCGGCGAGCAUUCAUCACUUCCGUUUAACGCGUGAACCACAGAAGGCAACAAUAUCAUUCUUAAGGCCAUUGGAUGGACCUCAAGAAAUCGAACUAGAAAUAGAGAUGCAGCUGUACCGCUACGGAAAAUACACGGGCAACAUGAUCUCGCGCAUCUUCAUAUUCGUUACAAAAUAUCGUUUCUGAAAAAUUACUUAACUAAUGGUGUCGGUACAAUAAUAAUUAUAAACAAUAAUA